UCAGUCAUUCCAGAAUACCAAGCCGUUUUCGGCGGAAAAGUAGUACUACCAUGCAAUGUCAGUAUCCGUACAGUCGAAGAAGAUAUUUCCAUCAUCCUUUGGUAUAAAGGCGACUUCGGAGUACCAAUCUACACCUUAGAUUCCAGAAAGAGUACACUUCAAAAUGCCAAACAUUUUCCAAGUACGGAAUUGGAUUCCAGGGCACAUUUCGACGUGACUUCAAAAAUUCCUAGAUUGGUUCUAGACCCGGUCAAAAUAGAAGAUGCCGGUGAAUACAAGUGCAGGGUAGAUUACAGGCGAUCGAGGACAGUACUCAGGCGUCUAAGACUUCGAGUCAUAGUACCACCCAAUGAUGUUAUUAUCAAAGAUGAACACGGGCAGAGGAUGAGAGAUAUCAUAGGCCCUUACGAUGAAGGAUUUUAUUUAAUAUUAAUAUGCGAAGCUGAAGGUGGUUCACCACCUCCUUCAGUUACCUGGUGGAGAGGGUCUACAUUACUAGAUGACAGCUACAAACCAACAGUUAAAGGUGUCGUCAGGAACGAACUGACUCUUAAGAAUUUACAAAGAUCUUUCCUUAUGGAAGUUUUCUCUUGUCAAGCAUCCAACACAAACUUAACGGUUCCAAAGACUAGUUCUGUCAUCCUAGAUCUUAACUUGAAGCCACUCGAAGUGUACAUCAUCGAAUCGAAUCGACCCGUAUCAGCUGGACAGGAAGUAAAAUUAGUUUGUGAAAGUACCGGUUCGAGGCCUCCCGCACAUUUAUCGUGGUGGAAGGACGGCAAGAAGCUAGAAUCGUACAAGGAGAGCGUGUCAGAUGAUGGAAACAUCACCACCAGUUUGCUAACAUUCACACCUUCUGUUGACGACAACGGGAAAUCUUUGUCUUGCAGAGCAGACCAUCCGACGUUGCCAAAUAGUGGAAUUGCUGAUAGAUGGUUACUCAAUGUACACUAUGCGCCCAUAUUGAAUUUAGCACUUGGAGCAAAUAUAUUGAGAUCGAAAAUUAAAGAAGGUAGCGACGUUUACUUCGAGUGCAACAUUAAAGCAAAUCCUAGAGUAACAGAAUUGGGAUGGAUUUUCGAUGGUAAACCACUCUUCAGCAAUACGAAUCCCGGAAUAAUAAUGAUUAAUCAGUCACUUGUAUUACAAAAGGUGAAGAAGGAUCAUCGCGGUCAUUAUAGAUGCAUCGCAUCCAAUUCGGAAGGUGAAGGAAAGAGUAAAGAUGUACAACUUGAAGUUCAGUAUGCGCCAGUCUGCAAAGAAGGACAAAAGAUACUUUAUGGAAUUGGUAGAGAUGAAACUGUAAAUGUGUCGUGUGAAGUGGAAGCUGAUCCAGAUGAAGUCAGCUUCAGGUGGUUAUUAAAUAACACGGCAGAGACUGUAGAAAUUAGAAAAUUUACCACUAAUGGAACUAUGAGUACUGUCAAAUAUAAUCCUAAAUCUAUGAUUGGAUAUGGUGGUUUAUACUGCUGGGCAAGAAACGAAAUAGGAGUUCAGAAAGAACCAUGUAUAUUUAGGAUGCUUCCAGCCAAUUACUUAUAA